AUGGAUGAUGGCAAGAAAGGCGAAGUCGACAUGAUCGAGAAUCGAAAGGAUGAUCCUGCAAUCGUCCCCCAAAAUUCUGGACUCAUAGAGGAGGAAGGCGCCGGUGUUCCCGCAGGUUAUUGGUACUCUCCAAGGUUCAUCGGUUCCACGGUCGCCAUUAUCCUCCUUGCCAACAACCUGUUUAUUGGCUACGCGAUGCCUACAAAUGUCCUCAAUGUCAUCAAUGCGGAUUUAGGUAUGGACCAUCAAAUUUUCAGAACGCUUUCUACAAAGUUAACGCAUGUUGUUUCAGGCCCCGACUCCAGCAUCUACCUUGCCUCGCUCAUCAACACUCUCAUCAAAGGCGUGUUCCUCCUCCUUGUGGGCAGUAUUAGCGAUGUUCUGGGUCGACGAUACUUUAUCGUCGCCGGCCAAGCCCUCGGACUGAUCGGUGCGAUUAUCGCAGCAACGGCGAAGAACAUCAAUACAUUGAUUGGUGCCAAUGUUUUCAUCGGCUUGGGCGGCGCCACGCAAGUGCUGUAUCCGCUACUGAUUAUGGAGAUCGUGCCCAACAAACACCGUGGUACGGCGCAGUCUCUCAUCACCCUCUCCGCCUUCCCUUCGAUGGGCUUAGGUCCCGGGUUUGCGCGGAUGAUGGUCCAAUACACAGCGCUUGGAUGGAGAUGGGUAUAUUGGCUUAAUGCUAUUACCGUCGGCACUUCACUUGUUCUGUUUCUUGUCUGCUAUUUCCCUCCUGACUUUGAGCAGCUGAGCCAAGGCACGAGUAAGAAAGAACAGCUAAAGAACAUUGACUUCGUUGGCUUUCUGCUCUACGGGGGAGGUCUCGUGUGUCUCCUACUUGCACUCACCUGGGGCGGUCGUCAAUACGCGUGGGGCUCCGCUCAGGUCGUUGCCACUCUUGUCAUUGGAAUUGUGGUAUUAGUCUCGUUCGUUCUAUAUGAGAUAUACAUGGCGCCGCGAGCCCCGCUGGUUCCCAUGAAUCUGUUCAAAAUCACCAACUACAACGUCGCUGUCAUUGUGGGAUCUGUUGGCCAAAUGUCUUUCUAUGCGCUGAAUGUGAUAUGGCCGCAGCAAGUCACCAACCUCUACACCACAGAUAAUAUCAAGAUUGGUUGGAUGUCGUGCACAACGGGGGCUGCACUCGCCUUCGGCGAAGUUCUCACCGGCCCGCUCUGCAAGAAGGGCAUGCAUGUCAAGCUGCAAAUGUUCCUUUCAAUGACCGGGCUGUGCAUCUUUUGUGGCAUCAUGUCUCUUGGCAACGAGUCUCGACAAGCUCUCAGCGUUGCGAUGACUGUGGUCAUUGGACUUUUCGUGGGUUGGAUUGAACUCAUAUGCAUCGUGGUGGCCAGUCUUGUUAUUCCACCGGAGCACAUCGGUUCUGGCACAGCCUUUUUCGCAUCCUUCCGAGCCGUCACCGGCACAAUUGCGAGAGGAUAUGUUUCUGACGCUGCUACGGACGCUGGUUUUGCGGUGGAUGGCAUUCCCGAACUCUUGAAGGUGAUCGCGAAGAGCACCACAGCUCGAGCCAUUGGGUCUGUUCCCGGAAUGACAGAGAGCAUCAGCCAAGCUGUCACUGCCGCAAUCAAGCGCGCCUACGCACAGUCAUACUCUACUGUGUAUCUUAGUAGUCUCGCAUUUGGCGGUGUUGCUCUGGCUUCUUGCUUCUUCGCUACUCACGACAUGGAGGAAUACUUUACAUCAUUCCUGAAUAAGACUGUGGAUGCGCCGCACCUUCAGAAUGUGAGCAAGGAUUCGAAGCAAGAAGAUGCGGAAAACUAG